CCGCCAUGUGGGGCCGGCGGCGGGGCCGGCGCGGCGGGCGCAGCGCGGAGGAGCUGCGGGUGCGGCGGCGGGAGCGAGAGGCAGCUCUCCGCAAGGCCCGGCGGCAGGAGCAGCUCGUCAGCAAGCGGCUGCUGCGGGAGGACAGCACAGACCAGGAGGGUGCACAGGAUGGAGCAGAUGUGGUGCCAGACCCACUCUCAGAGGAUGAGGUUCUGGAGCUGCUCAGGGGUGUGCAGAGGGGCUCGGAGGACAGGAAGCGCUCCCUCGGCCGCCUGCGCUGGGCUCUGCAGAACGAGGAGACUCAGCAGAAGUUUGUCAGGCUGGACGGCAGCAUGCGGACGCUCACCGGGCUCUUCACCAGCAGCCUGGCUGACCUGCAGCUGGAGGCUGCCCGCUGCCUGCAUGAGCUGUCCCACUCCAGUGUCCCCGCAGUGGCUGAGGCGUGUCUGCCUGUCACCUCCUACCUGCUCACCUACCUGUCGGGACACAGCCUGGAGUUCACGGAGCUGUGUUUGUACACACUGGGGAACCUCGUAGUAGAAAGUGAAGCUGUGAGGAAGCAACUUCUGCCUCAGGGCAUUAUUCCAGUGCUGGCAUCCUGCAUCCAGUCCCCGCAUGAGGCGGUGCUGGAAGGUGUGGGCUAUGUCCUCUCACAGCUCCUGCAAGCCAAGGAAGCGCCCACGGAGAUCAUCCCCUUGGUCCUGGACUCAGUUCUCCCSCAGCACAUGCUCCGCCUGGUUUGCUCUGGCCUCAAGGCUGGGAUGGGAGCRGCUGUGGAGUUUGCCUGGUGUCUCCACUACAUCAUUUGUAGGCACGAAGCCAACACGGUGCUGCUGGAGCUGGGGGCUGUGCCUGCCCUCACCUCGCUGCUGCUGGACCUGGCUUCUGAAAUCCCCCAGGACGCUCCCGAGGGCCUGGAGCUGCUCGUGUGCCCUGUGCUGCGGUGUCUCAGUAACCUGCUGGCAGAGACGGGCAGCCAGGGGCAGGGCCGGGACGGGCGCCUGCUCAUCGCCCUGUUCCUCAUCCUGCAGUGCUUCCUCCAGCAGCACCCCUUCCUCGUGCAGGAGUGCCUGUGGCUGCUCAAUAACCUCACAGCGGAUGACCCCGUCUUGUGCUCUGCUCUGCUCUCCCUGGAGCUGCUCCCGGCCCUGCUGCAGCUCCUGAYGUGUUCCCAGAUGGCCAGUGUGUUGGUGCUGACAGUGCUGUGCAACAUCGCAGAGCAGGGGCCACUCCAGUGCCAGUGCCUGCUCCGCCAGCCCCUCCUGCCCCAGCUCCUGCCUGUCCUUGCACUGCCCAACCCCGAGGCUGUGGGACAGUGCCUGGAGCUGCUGCACCUCCUCUUCCUGCACUGCCCCCAGGCUGCUGCUGAUUUCACCAGGCACGGUGGGCACCAGGCCCUGGAGCAGCACCAGAGCACCCCAGAGCUGCAGGAGCGGGCACAGGCACUGCUGGACAUGGUCACACAGCCACCAGGAGCCCCCAGUGCCUGCCAGGCCACACUGCCUGCCUUUUCCUAGGCCUUCUCCCUUCCCUACCCUGAAUUCCCAGGGGGGAAUGAACUGAUCACCCCAUGCCCAGCUUCCCAAGGGCUGCUCAGGACUCUGAUGUCCUUGUGCUGGGGACAUCACAAAGAGGUGCUGGUCCUUGUCACCACCUCAUAGACACCAGCCCGGUGCCCCCCAGAGCCUGGAGCAGGGGCAGAGCUGAGCUGCAGCCCAGGCAGACACACUCCUGGUGCCAGGGAGGGCUGAAUGGCAGCAUCAGCCAUUGCUUGGGCUUUCAGCCACCACCAAGCUCAAGGUAAGCACAUUGUGUUUAUGAAUUGAUAAAUUAAAGAUACAUAUUUGACAUUAAAGAUAAUCAGUCACAUCUGCAGCAUGUGUGUAUUUCCUGUCAGUCCUUAUGCCUUGCUUUUCACAGUGCUCUCCACAGCCUUGGCCACUUCAUCUGCAGUGAAGUUGUUCAGUAGGAUGCACUUCUCCUUCCCAAACUCUGUGGGAAAACAGAGAGGGUGAGAAGGGGCAGGGCUGUGGGUCCUUUUCUGGUUCAAGGGCACUGUGUCACAGCCCAGCCUCCCGCCACUGCUCCGUCACACUCAUCACUUCCCCGCGUCCCUCCAGGUGUUCAAGUUACCAUUUCCACCCUCUCCUUAUUCUCCUGUUUUCCCUUGGAAAUAACUCAAAGCAGCCCAACCCCUUUCCCAGUUUCGUUUUGUUAGCUUUGGCUGGGCAGCAGCUGGGCAGGGACACAUCCAAGAGCAACUCUGUGGCUUUCAGCUUCAUCUCAGCAGGGUGCUCACCAAAUACCUCAGGAAAGCACCCAGAAAACUCUGUGUUCUGCCAGCUGCCUGGACCAGGCUGACCUGGGGCUCCCUUUCCUUGCGAGUCCCACCCAGACACACCUGAGACACCCCUGGACCAUGUGCUCACACUGGGGAAACGUGUGCUUCAAGAGUCACCGCAUCUCUUCAAAAGUUUUUAAAUUAUUUUUUUCCCAGCGCAGAUGACCUUUGAGGAAAAGAAAUCCUUUCCUCAGAGGGUUUUUCUGCACCCUUGGUGUUCCACUGAGACUGCAGUGAAAAUAAAGGAAAAACAGACACGCUCUUGU